AUGGCAUCUCUAAAACUAGUCCUUCUUCCACUCCUCCUCUUCUCCAUCCUCUCCACCGCCACCCAACCAUCUCCGUCCCCACUCCUUCCUCCGCCGCCGCCGCCGCCGUCCACCACUUCUUCUUCCCUGUCCGACGCGGCAGAGACCCUGGCCAACUCCGGCUACAUCGCCAUGUCACUCACCCUCCAAGCCAUCACCCAACGCCUCCCCCUCUCCUCCUCCGCCGCCACACCCCUCACCAUCUUCUCCCCUCCCGACACCUCCUUCGCCUCCUACGGCCAGCCCUCUCUCCCACACCUCCUCCUCCACUUCUCCCCCGUCUCCCUCUCCCCCUCCGCCCUCCUCUCCUUCCCCUUCUCCACCCCAAUCCCCUCCCUCUCCCCCUCCAAACACCUCAUCGUCACCUCCAUCCAAUCCCACAAGAUCUCCAUCAACAACGUCCCCGUCUCCUCCCUCCCCCUCCUUGACGACGGCUUCCUCCUCGUCUACGCCAUCGACUCCUUCUUCGACCCCAAUUUCACCCUCCCCCUCUCCAUCCCGGCUCGCUUCAACCCGAGGCCUCAAUUCCUCCGCUGCACAAAGCUCGAGGCCCUCUCCCGAUUCCGCGACGCUGCUGGAGUGCUCAAGGCCAGGGGCCGAUCCAUCAUGGCCUCCUUCCUCGAGCUCCAGCUCCUCGGCUUCCUCGACGACCGCGGCGGGGAUGACUGGACUCUGUUCGCGCCGCCGGAUCAGGAGCUGGUGGAGUUUUCCGGGGAUUUUCUUGAGUACUCGUCGCUGCUGGCGAGGCACGUGGCGCCUUGCAAGGUGCGGUGGCUCGACCUCGAGGGGUCGGAUGGGAGCACGGCGCCGAUCUUGAAUGUGAAGGGGUAUGCUUUGAAUGUGAGCAAGGAUGGGAAGGAUGAUGAGAUGCUGACGGUUAAUGGGGUUCGGAUUUCGUUUCCGGAUAUGUAUGAGAGUGGGAGGCUGGUGAUUCAUGGGAUCAGUGGGGUGAUUGCGCUGCCGGAGCUUGACGCCGAGGAGGAAGAGUUGGGGGAGGAGUUUCCGGAGCAAGAAACCUGA